GAGAGAGAGAGAGAGAGAGAGAGAGAGGGAGGAUCAGUGUUGCUACUGCUGCUCUGAAUGAACGAAGAUGUUUUCCCGUGAAUCAUUCAAUAGGUUUUCUAAGAGAUUUAAGAAGAAGAAGAAGAAGAACUACAACCCGCUCGACCCCACACUAGAGUUAGUCGACAAAAAGGACGACUUGGAUCCAUUUUCUUCAGAAGACGGUGAUCUCCGAGCAGUGAUGUCCUGUGGACAUGCUGUCUCCCCUGAGUCUCUGACAGAGAGCUGUCGCAGUCAACUGGAUCAGGGGAUUUAUAAGUUCAGAUGUCAAGCACUGGGAGAGGGAACCAAUCUUUGCAAUAAGCAGUGGUCGUAUAAAGAAGUUCGCCGACUGGCCGAUCUGUCUGUGUCGGAGAUGAGGCACUUUGAAGAGACCAUGGCUCGUCUGGUGGCUGCAGACUUCUGUGACAUUCAGGCUUGCCCACAGUGCAACACGUAUGUGGAGAGAAAGGACCUCUCCAACCUGUGUGUCCAGUGCACCAUAUGCACUGCUGAUCAGAAGAUGACAUAUCUCUUCUGCUGGCAGUGUCUUAGGAAGUGGAACGGUCGGGCCCCUCGGUCGGACCGCUGCAACAACGACGGCUGUGCCAACCAGGACCUGCAGCUUCUGCAGACAUGUCCCACCAUCACUCUGCCUGAUGUGGAGGGUGUCACCAGCUGCCCGUCAGUCAGGGCCUGCCCGACAUGUGGCAUGAAGGUGGAGCACAACCAACAACACUGCAAGAACAUUCACUGCCCUCGAUGCCAAGUUCCAUUCUGCUUCCUCUGCCUGAAACUAAAGCUUGAAUGUAGCAAGACCAGUUCACCGUACGAAAUCUGUCUGGGUGGUUUGGCUCCCAGACAGACCUCAAUCCCAGUGUGGGACAGGAAAUAAAAACGAUAUAAAAGUGGCACUCUCUUAAAAGUUUCACUCAUUAAGGUUCAGGUGACAGGGAUCUGUUGUAUGAAAUAAUCAUGAUGUGAUGUGUUUCACCUAAAGUGUUUGAUUUGUAGUUUUCUUUACCUUAGAAUGGGCCUUUAUAUUUAAAUAAUUUAUAUUUUUACAUCGGGAGUGGAAAAUGUGAUUAUAAAAGCAUUUAAGCAGCAGUUUGUACAAUCAUCUUUAAAACAUUGCAGCCUCUUAUUCCUUUGUGAUAUUUUACCACAUCAUAAGAGAUAAUGAGAUCUACUAGUGUUAAGUGGUAAAAUAAAAGCUUUAAUUAAAAUGAA